AUGUCUGGAUACCGUAGAGUUAAUUAUUAUGAGCUGUGUCGACUGUGCACCAGCAGCGAGGGCAAUAAAAUGAACAUAUUCCGCGACGAGGGACGUAGAAGACAGUUGCAGACUAAGAUACAAACUUAUUUACCUGUCCAGGUACUUGAAGAAGACUCGUUGCCAAAGAUAGUGUGUCAUGAAUGUGUCAGAAAGCUGGAGAGCUUCAUUGAGUUCCGUGAGACUGUGGUCAGUGCUGAGGGCAUGCUGGAGUCCUACUUCACGUCUCUGAGAUUCUCUGAGGACUUUUUGAAGGAGGGCAAAGUUUAUGUGAAAAGCACGGAGAAACCGGAACACCAGUCGCCGGUAGGAGAAGAUCCGCUUAAGAUUGAGAAAAUUGUGACAGUUCCAGCGGUGCCGAGUCAGAUUAUUAUAGAGCCGCAGCAAGCUCAGCACCAGCCGGUUGUUGUUAGCAAUCUUAAUGCUUCUAAUAUUCAAAUUAUCAGUGGGGUUCAAGCUAGGGUCCAACAGUACAAGUGUGCCAUGCAGAUGCAACCUGGAGGAGUAGCUGCAGCAGUAGUUGAAGCUACAGCAGAAACUCAUUACAGUUAUCAGCAACAAACCUCCCAAGUGUCGCCGCAACAUCAGCCUACCCAUGGAAAUCGGCUUGCUGAUCAGCAGCAAGUCCAGCAAAUUCAAGUUCAAAAUCAAAUAUCAAGCCAAAGUCAAAUUAACCAGCUGCAGAGCACAAGACAGGUACAAGUGACACCCAAUCAGCAGCAGCAGCAGCAGCAGCAACAACAACAACAACAACAACAACAACAACAACAACAACAACAACAGCAACAGCAACAGCAGCAGCAACAACAACAACAACAACAACCUCAACCUCAACCUCAACCUCAGAACCAGGCUCAACAAAAUCAACAAGCUCCUCAGCCCCAGCAGAUCCAACAGCCUCAACAACAACAACAGCAACAACAACAACAACAACAACAACAACAACAACAACAACAACAACAGCAGCAGCAGCAGUGUCAAAUGACCCAAAUGCAAAUUCGUGAAUUUGAAAAGAGACUGCAAAUAGAAAAACAAGUACGAAUGUCACCGCAAGAGAAUCAAACGCAUCAAAAUAACAACGUGUUAAUAAAAGCAGAAAUAGCAGCGGAUCAAAAUCAGAGGACAUUAAAAUCAGAAGCUGUAGACUCUCGUAAUAUUAAUUCGCCAAAUGAAAAUGUACAGCAGAGUUACGCAACUGUCCAUCAGGGUACGCAAGAGGUGUUCCUCAGCUUGGGAUUUAAAGAAGCCGGACUUAAUCCUAAUACCCAGCAAUCGAGGGACGAAACCAAGGACUUCAGAGAUUAUAUUAAAAGUUCAACAGACGAUGCACUGUCACGUAAUUCUAUCGGACAGAUAUCGGAAUUUCUUCGAAUUCGGUCGUGUCCCGAGCCGACGACAUUGAUUACCGUUAAUCCCCAAGUUAUCUGUCAGACUACCCGAGGCUUGGCGUGCCGAGAGUGUGGAAAAACAUUCGACUCUGACAGUCAAAUGAACAACCACCAGUGCCCCAAUUCUCCGAUAAUAAGUGACAUUACGGACAUCAGCAAGGAGGAUUCCGUUCAGAAUAACGCCAACUUGGCGACAUUUAAUUGCGACAUUUGCAGCAAGCCUUUCAAGAGGAAAGAACACUUGUUCCAGCAUCGGAAGCUUCAUACUGGGGAGAGACCUUACGUUUGUACGACCUGUACCAAGGCUUUCAGCCGCAAGGAACACCUGGUGAGGCACUCUGUCUCUCACACUGGACAGAAAAUGCAUGAUUGUGAGAUGUGUGGCAAAAGCUUCUCGCGCAAAGAUAAUCUGCACAAGCACCGGAAAACUCACGGGGUAGCUGGUCCUUAUAUUUGUGAGACUUGUGGCAAGUCUUUUGUCGUCAAGCAUUACUACCUGGUCCAUCUGGGGACUCACGCGUCCCUCGACGGGGACAAUUGCCCGGAUCCGCUUCCGUACAAGUGUGAUCAAUGUCACAAGGCCUUCUCGGUCAAGCAGUAUCUUACUACUCAUAAAUCCCGGCAUAGAAAGAAUGCUAAUGCUAAUAAUACUGGUGGUUUGUCAAACUCUCAAGCUCAAACUCCCCAGCAAGUACCAACAGUUCAAAAUAAUGGGAUAAGUGUCCCCGCUAAUGGGGUUACGAAUACUAACGGGCAACCUAAUGAUAAUGUUGCUGAAAUUCACAGCGUUAUUGAGAGAAAUGACUCACAGACUAGGCAGCAGCAACACGGAUCAUUUGAUAACAAUCAAUAUCACGGUAAUGUUCAACAAUUUCAAUGA